AUGAGUGACACUACAUUUAUUCCUUUACCUCAAAGUGCAGGUUAUGCAAUUUUGGUUGGUUUAGGUGCGGUAUUUGCCUUUGGUAUGAUACUAACGACGUACUUGUUAAAAAGAUACAACAAAGAAAUUAUAACUGCUGAAGAGUUUGCCACUGCUGGUAGGUCGGUCAAAUCGGGUUUGAUCAGUGCUGCUGUUGUUUCGUCAUGGACAUGGGCCGCUACCUUGCUAACAUCAACGACACAGGCUUAUAAAAACGGUAUCUUUGGAUCUUGCAGUUAUGCUUUUGGUGCCACCGUUCAAAUCACAUUGUUUGCUUCGUUGGCCAUCAAAGCUAAGGAGAGGGCACCUCUGGCUAGAACUUACUUGGAAAUUGUACGUGCAAGGUACGGCACAGCAACACACAUCGUCUACAUCUUUUGGGGUCUUGCUACAAAUAUCUUGGUCACUGCUAUGUUGUUGAGUGGUGGCUCAGCCACAGUACGUGACUUGACUGGUAUGCAUCCAGUAGCUGCAUGUUUGUUGAUUGGUCUUUCGCCAACUGUGUAUUCUGUAUUUGGUGGAUUGAAAGCAACAAUCUUGACUGACUAUGCUCAUACUGUUAUUAUGGUUACUAUUAUCAUCAUCUUUGCCUUUAGCACAUGGGCUACCAGUUCCAAAUUGGGAUCACCUGGGGUUGUUUGGGACUUGGUGACUAAGUUGGCAGAGACCAAACCAGUUGAUGGUAACCACGAUGGAUCAUUUUUGACUUUUAAUUCCAAAUCGGGUGGUAUUUUCUUUGUCAUUAACAUUGUUGGCAAUUUCGGUACUGUGUUUUUGGACAAUGGUUAUUUCAACAAAGCAUUCGCUGCCGAUCCAGUUUCAGCUUAUAAAGGUUACAUCUUGGGUUCCUUGGCUUGGCUUCCUAUUCCCGCUUUUUGCUCAUUGACUUUGGGUUUUGCUGCUUUGGCAUUGGAGCAUACUGAUUACUGGCCAUUAGGAAGACCCAUGACUAGUGAUGAAGUUGCUGCUGGUUUAGUAUUGCCCAACGCUGCAUCUGCUUUAUUGGGCAAAGGUGGUGCUGUUUUAAGUUUAAUUAUGAUUUACAUGGCCGUUACCAGUGCAAUGUCAUCAGAAUUGAUUGCUGUGUCGACAAUCUCCACCUAUGAUAUUUACAGAACUUACAUCAACCCCAAGGCCAGUGGUAAAAAGUUGAUUUUCAUUUCCCAUAUUUCAUGCGUUGUUUUUGCCUAUACCAUGGCAGGGUUUGCCAUUGGUCUUUACUAUGCCAAUGUUUCAAUGGGAUUCUUGUAUGAAUUGAUGGGGGUGAUUAUUGGUGGUGCUGUUUUGAGUUCAUCAAUGACAAUCUUGUCAGCAAAACAGAAUUGGUAUGCAGCUACGUUCACACCACCAAUUGCUACUGGAUUGGCUAUUAUGUCGUGGUUGGUUGUUUGCAAAACUAAAUUUGGUACUAUUUCCUACGACAACUUAUUUGAAGAUGAUUCAAUGUUGACAGGUAACGUUGUUGCUUUGUUGUUUCCCUUGAUUACAGUUCCAUUAUUUACCCUUAUUUUCAAGCCCCAGAAUUUCAAUUGGAAGUUGUUGGAAACAAGAAUCACUCGUGUGGAUGAAGAGGAAGAGUUGAUGGAAGCUACUAAAUCAGAUAACUACAAUGAUGAUGAAAGGUUGUCUCCAGUAAAGUCUCCAAUCACAGUAUAUGCUAGUCAGUUGGUCGAGCAAGAAAGAGAACAUUACAGUCAAGAACAACAAACAUUACACCAUGCGUUCAAGAGAUGUGUCUAUGUUUGUUUAUUCUUAACCCUCAGUUUGCUAGUCAUAUGGCCCAUGCCAUUAUACGGAAGCAAGUAUAUCUUUUCCCGUAAGUUCUUUACUGGUUGGGUUGUCGUGUUUUUCAUAUGGAUAUGGUAUACGGUUUUCCAAGUGAUUGUGUAUCCAGUAUGGGAAGGAAGACAAAGUCUUUACCACACGGCAAGAGGUAUCUACUGGGACUUGACUGGACAAACGUAUAAGUUGAGACAAUGGCAAAAUGACCAUCCAGAAGAAAUGCAUGCUGUUCAAUCACAGAUAAUUGCUCAAUUGUCGAAUCCACAAGUUGUUGAUGGUAAGGCUGUUGAUAUGAAUUACGGCAAUAUAGAUGAUGAGUUGUCUGAUGAAAAGAAAUAG